AUCGAUACAUAUGAGUUUGACAGUAAGGAUGAAGUGGAUUUAUCGGAAAUGGGCGAAUCCAACGGUGGGGAAGUCUCGUCAGUAGCUGCCAGGGGUGACGAUUUCAGAGAAAUGCUAGCCAAAAUGUUUGAGGAAAAUUUCAGAAGGUUCGAAGAAAAUUCAAGAAUAACGAACGAGAAACUCGAGUACAUUGCAGAAGUUAUUGGAAGGAGAGUGGAAACCGUGGAGGUCCAAAUUAAAGAGUUGGAUAAGAAAGUGCAGUCGGUUGACGAGAAAUUUCUGUCCCACGACCAUAGGGCUACAAAUCUGGAGAAGAAAAUUUCGGAACUGGAAAUCAAAGGUGGUCCGGUGCGAGUUCCUGAUAACACACUAAAAAUCAAACCUCCUGUAUUCGACGGCUCUACGUCAUUCAAUGUUUUCAAGUUACAGUUCGAGACAGUGGCUUCUAGAAAUUCGUGGAACGACAGCGACAAAGCGGUUGCACUACUUCUGGCAUUGAAGGGCAGUGCUGCUGAUGUUAUACAAUACCUGUCGCUUCUAGAAACAACUAUGAAGAUGUUAUUGCUGCACUGGAACGUAAGUACGGUGGCGAACAUAAACGAAACAUCUACCUUAUGGAAUUAAGGGGAAGAGUACAGAGGGCAAACGAGACGUUACAAGACUUUGCAGCUGAGGUGGAACGUUUGGUGCUAAUGACGUAUCCAGGAGAGGAUCACCCAUUGCUGGACCGUAUGAAAAUCGAAACCUUUGUGAAUGGCAUACGUGACCCUGAGAUUAAGUAUGCAACAUAUGCGUCACCAAAAGCAUCAUUUUCCGAAACUGUGUCGUUUGCCCUUGCCCAAGAGACGGCAAGAAUAGUUGUUAAGCCCCAGACCCACAAGAUUCGCCAACUGGAGACCGAAGGUUGCGAACCCAAAUCUCUCGUUAACUCGAUCGAAGACGCCAUGAGGCGGGUAAUAGAAGAGACAAAGUUAGUUGGGAUGACUAAGCCCAGGGUUAGAUGCUACAACUGCGAUAAAGCAGGUCAUAUUGCGCGCGAAUGCAGAGCUAAGCGCAA